UUAGUUUUCUACGGGAUGGGGUCCCUAACUCCAUGCUCAACCCUCAUUCUUUACCCGGGCUUAAGACCGGAAGUAACUCUAGAAGAGCUACAGGCAGAGUUAAGAGGAUUACUGUAGUUUUACUAACUUAGAUUGUGGAGUCGUAUGUACUUGACUCUGAGCCACGGUUUACGUAAGUGUCAAUGAUACUACUUCAUUCUCUAAAAUGUAUUAGACAGAUUUGAAUUCAAACUUGAGACUCAAUGAUUGAAAGCAGAAUGUUUGAAUCACCGCUAAUGUAAAGAGCAUCAUUCAACUUUAGCCACUAAAUAUCAUUUACGAAAUAUUUUUUGCAUUUUAAUGGCCUUUCAGUUAGAUUUGUACGUAUUUAACUUACUUUUAUAAUAUCUCUUUUUAGUCCCUAUCUUCGUUUUUAAAUUAUCGGUGAAUCUACUUGGUUUCGUAGAGAAACAACGCCGAUGAAAAUAAUAUCUUAAUUAUUAAAAGAAACAAAUAUUUGAUUAACAGUAACCUAUUGUCUUACAGUUAUUUAACUUGAAGUAUUAUCAAUUACGUAAAUUCCUAGUCCUAAUUUAAAGUACAUAUGAUUUUGUUUCUCAAAGUCUACUUAAAUUACUUUCAGUCUGUGGCUUCUCAUGAAUUAGCCACUUGGUGGGGAUUAAUAUCAUCGUCCUCUAACCUAGCUGGUUGUAUGGGUUCUUGGAUAUCUAUCGUUAUUUCUUCGUAUGCAACAAUAUUUCUCGGUGAUUUAGCAUGGAGAGCUCCGUUCAUUUUUGUUGGAGCAUGUUGCAUAAUAUCAGCUUUACUUCUCAAUGUUUAUCUGCGUUCGCGAACCGUUGAUACGCUAAAUAAAAUCGACUCUAAGAAUAUACCAACUAAAUAUUUUAGUCCUUCUAGAGUAACAUUAUCUAACCAAUUAUUUGGGAAGCAUCUCAACUCAGAUGUAAAACACAAAGGCUGUGAUGAUACUUGUCAAAGUUUAAUGUCUACUUCAAAAUUGGGUCAAAACAGUUAUGAUACAAGUAAUCAAGAAAAGUGUUGUAAUGAAAAAACUAGCCGAUUAUCGAACAACUGUCAAGAUAAAGAUUUUACUGAAAAUCACGAUAAUGGCGUGACAAUUCAACCCGUUAAAGUGAAUAUUACUAAUCAAAUAUCAAAAUUGUUUCGUAUUUUAAGUCCAAGACAACGUUUAUUGUUGGGUAUCUCCGCUAGUGUUCACAUGUGCAGUACAUUUUUACGUUAUGCAAUAGGCGAUUGGAUUGCAAUUAUGCUUUUGAAUAAUAAACAUGGUUACUCACAAAGUACCGCUUAUUUAGUUGCCAGUAGUUACGAAUUCGGUGGAAUAUUUGGGUCUAUGUUCGUUGGAAUAGUAGCUGAUUUGAAUGUGUUUUCUAGAGUAUUUUCAUGGCCUAGUCGUCGGAUUCCAUUAAUAAUUAUACAAAUGUUAAUUGCUAGUGGUACAUUAUGUUGUCUAAGUUGGAUUACCAAUCAUAAUGCUUCUUUAACUAUACUCCUCAUUAUCAGCUUGGUACUUGGUAUUACUGUUAUCGGGACAAUUGCUUUAUGUGGUGUUUUAGCUGUUGAACUUGCUCCACCUGCUUUUAGCGGUACUGCACAUGCGUUGAGUGCUUUGAUUGCGAAUUUUGGGGCUAUAUUGGCUGGUUACCCAUUUGCUGUGUUGGCUGAACAUAUCAACUGGUCUGGUGCCUUUCUUGUAGCUGGGAUAGUAUGCGGACUUUCAGUUAUUCCACUUUCAUGUUUUUGAGAUUUCCAACUCAUGUUCUCUUAUUAAUGUAGAUUAUUUUACAAUUGUUUUUAGAUAAUGUGCACUUUUUUUUAUUUUUAACAUUUCUUGAUAUUACACGUUGAAUAUCAGAUGAAUCCAAACUUUGGUGGUUGUGGAAUUUCUUGUUUGUACACCAAUUUUGCAUUUCAUGAAGUUACAAAUCCAUACUAUCGCUCCAAAUUACAUUUUUUGCCAAUGGGAAUGUUUACAAUUUAUUUUCACUCAAAUUCAAAUAAACAAUGUCUCUAA